AUGGCUACUACAAGACUUCGUAGAGCAUUCCGCUACCCCGAGGACUCGGGCGAUGAAGGGCAUGAACGUGAAGAGUUGGAUGAAGAAGAACAAGAACGAGUGAUAGAGCAACUGCAGAGACAGAAUGAUCAGCGGAAUGCACAAUAUAGUACUGUUUUCACUGCACUUCCGCUACUGUCAACCCUAGUAUUUGUCCCGUCAGUGCUAUACAGAUCAUCAACUCCCACUGUGCGGCUCUUCUCCUUCCUCAGCAUCAUGUCAUUGCUGGUAACGACCUACAUAAUGAAGCUGUUUAUGUCGCGUUUGUUAGAUCGCAAAAGCAAGAGACCUGCUGCAGAGGUCGAACGCACCACGCUCGUUCGACAAAGCUUGUUGUUUACAAAUACUGGCAUCUGCGGGAUAUUAGUCCUGGUGUAUCUCUUCGCUAACCCAUCGCCUUCCUCUAUCUGGCCGGGUCUAUAUAUAGUUCCAGGAGCGAUGUUCGGAGUAAUCUUAUUGGUGCGGGAAGCAAUGGUCUCUGUGGAUUUAUCACAUCUUCAGAAUCUUCGAUAUGAAUACAAGGGUGCCUAG